AUGCAAGCAUUUUUCUUAAGUUUUGUUAUUAAAAAUGAUAAUGAAAAUCAAAAUGAUAAUGAAAACCAAAAUGAUAAUGAUAAAGUCCCCUUGUUAACUAAUUUGAAAACUUUACAAUUACCCGAUUUUUUCACAUCAUUUAUUUAUUAUAAACCUGAUUUUAUGGAAUCUUUAUUACAUACAUGUAAAUGUUGGGGGUGUCAAUUAGUUUUAAAUAAAUUGGAACAUGAAUUUUAUGAUAAAUUAAUCGAUGAAAAUCUUGAAACAAAUUAUUAUAUGACCAUUGGAUAUAUUUUAGGAAAAUUACAAGCUGAUAGAGAAGUUUGUAUUCCUAUUAAAGAGAAAACUUUCCAUUAUAAUAAAUAUCCAAUAAAUAAAGGUCAACCUCAUACUUUACAUAAUAAUUUUCAUAUCCCCAAUGAAAAUGAAAAUGAAAAUGAAGAAGAAGUGGACAAUCAUAGUAUGAUGACAAAUUGUUGUCAAUGUAAUAUUAUUAAUGAUCCUUUGGGAGUUGAUGAAUUAAAUAUUGAUAAUUUAGUAACAACUUAUAUUAUUCAUCAAGUUGAUCCAAUUAUUAAUUAUUUAAAUGUUAUGUUUAUUAAUUUAGAUAAUUUAAUGAUUCAUGGAAUUUAUUAUGAACGAGAUCCAUUAAUUGGGAAAAUGAUACCAAUUUAUGAUAAUUCUGAAUAUCCUCAAUCAUUUUUGAUGGGGGCAAAAGAUUAUAUUGAACGAGGUUUAAAUCCACCUGGUCCAUUUGGUACUUUUAGAGGUCAUUAA